AUGGUCUUCGCUUGGCAAAACUACAUCGAGGAGCAAAAGGUACAGUUGGCAACCAUGGAAUUCACUGGGUACGCGGUGGUUUGUUGGGACCAAAUCAAGAAGUCUAGAAGAAGAAAUGGGCUACCUGAGCUCGUUCCAUGGCCCGAGUUUCGAGCCAUGAUGCGCACCCGCUUUGUUCCUGGACAUUAUACUAGGGACUUGUACCACCGAUUACAAAUCUUAGUUCAGGGCAAUCGGAGUGUGGAUAAGUACCAUAAGGAGAUGGAGAUCCUGAUGCUUAGGGCGGAUGUACAAGAGAAUCCCGAAACCAUCAUGGCGAGAUUCUUGAACGGGUUAAGACCUGAUAUUGCUGAACGAGUGGAACUUCAACACUAUAUGGAGUUGCAUGAGCUUGUAGACAAGGUCAUUAAGGUCGAGCAAAGGCUCAAGAGAAGGAGUACUACUCGUUCGAAUUUCGACGCUACCACCUACUCUACCAAUCACCCAUUCCAACCACGGAAUGAUUCUCGGUCUUCGCCAAAUACUCCUAUGCCAAAGUCGAGAUUCGAGAAAAAUAAGGUGGGCAAUUCUAGUGUUGGUAAACCAUCCUCUUCUACUCCAAAAUUUGAGGAGCUUAGGGCACAAACUAGAGCGCGUGAUACUCGAUGUUUCAAAUGCCAAGGUAGAGGCCAUAUUGCUAGUCAAUGUCCCAAUCAAAGGACUAUGAUUAUGAUGCAAAAUGACGAGAUCGUGAGUGAGGAUGAAACUGAGUACGAAAGCAUACCACCACUUGAAGGAGGUAGUGAUGGUGAGUCACCAAAUGAAGAGGAAUUUAGUACACCCGACGGUCAUUUUGGGACCGCCUUGGUUGCAAGGAGGGCAUUAACUGCACGUGUUAAGGAGGGCGAGUUUCAACGGGAGAAUAUCUUCUACACUAGGUGCUUCAUCAACCAAGCACUUUGUAGUGUGAUUAUCGAUAGUGGGAGCUGCACAAAUGUAACUAGUUCACUCAUGGUGGACAACUUGAUGCUGCCUACAAGGAAUCACCCGCGACCCUACAAACUCCAGUGGCUCAACAAUUCUGGGGAGGCUAGUCACAUUAUACUGGUAGGCCGUGGCAGUUUGACAGGCAGCAAGAAAGUAGCUCUGAAUGUGCAUGAAUUUGAUACUAACAUACCUCUUGAGGUUAAGUCUCUUUUGCAGGAAUAUGCUGAUAUCUUUCCCGAGGACGUGCCAAGUGGAUUACCACCACUUAGAGGCAUUGAGCACCAAAUAGACUUCGUCCCUGGAGCUUCGUUGCCAAAUCGGCCAGCUCACAAGAGCAACCCGGAGGAAACUAAGGAGUUGCAAAGAAAAUCUUAUGAUGAACAUCCAGAGCAUUUUAGGACUGUUAUGGAUGUACUUCGACGAGAGAAGCUCUAUGCCAAUCUCAAGAAGUGCAAUUUUUGCACUAAUGAAUUUGUGUUUCUAGGGUUUGUUAUAAGUGCGCAGGGAAUGAAGGUGGAUGACCAAAAGGUGAAAGCUAUCCAAGAGUGGCCAACACCAAGAUCGGUGGGUGAUGUUUGGAGCUUCCAUGGACUUGCGGGUUUCUACAGGAGAUUCGUGAGGGACUUUAGCACCAUUGCUGCGCCCUUAACCGAGUUGAUCAAGAAGAAUGAGAACUUCCAUUGGGGAGAUUCUCAAGAGCAGGCUUUUCGCGCUUUAAAGCACAAACUCACACAUGCACCUGUACUUGCUUUACCUGACUUUUCUAAAAUAUUUGAAAUUGAUUGUGAUGCUUCAAGUAUUGGGGUUGGAGCUGUGUUGAACCAAGGUGGGAGGCCUAUUGCCUACUUUAGUGAGAAACUUAAUGGGGCUGCACUGAACUACUCAACUUAUGAUAAAGAGUUGUAUGCCCUCAUUCAAGCACUACAAGUGUGGCAGCACUACUUAAGGCCUAAGGAAUUCGUGAUACACACUGAUCAUGAGUUCCUUAAAUACCUUAAGGCCCAACACAACUUGAACAAAAAGCAUGCAAGGUGGAUCACUUUCGUGGAGUCCUUUCCAUACGUGAUUAAAUACAAGGCUGGUAAGUCUAAUGUGGUUGCGGAUGCAUUCUCCCGAAGGUACUCUCUACUCACCUCCUUAGAUGCUAAGUUGUUAGGGUUUGAGCUGAUUAAAGAGCUCUAUACCCAGAUAGUGACUUUGCUGAGCUUUACACUUCUUGCAAACACACUGGGCAAGCUUACAAGUGAUAUUCAUAGAGCACAACUUGCAAUGAUUAAGAAAUCAGUUUUGGCAGGUGAGACAUUGAAUUCUAGGGACUCAACUGGACAAGUGGAUGGAUAUCCUAAGAGUCAUUUAGCUAAAGGUCCUACAAGAACCAAGACAAAAGGACGUGAACCUACAUGA